CCAGUUGUGUGUGGUGGAAGCCUCCCUGGGUGCUCAGAUGGAGGAGCCAAUGGCGUUUUCUCCCCUGCUUGGCGGUGACCGGAGUCCCGCUGAUGACUCCUUAAAAAAAUAUGAGCAGAGUGUUAAACUUUCAGUACCCUGUAAUACAAGUUGCUCCAGGUGUGCCAGGACCAUACUGUGAUCACAGUCAUGAAAGUUCCGUCAGAAAAACAUUAUGGAUAACAAUCAACUAAUUCCAACAGUGAAUUGUUCAAGACUAAAAUUCCUGGAGAAGCCCACCUGUACCAGUUUAUUCAUUUUAAAAGUAUACUUAUUGCCGACCAUUUUUAAAGGCAUUAAAAAAGACAUUGAGAAGCUUUGUGAAGCUGUACCUCAGCUUGUCAAUGUGUUUAAAAUUAAGGACAAAAUUGGAGAAGGCACAUUCAGCUCUGUUUAUUUGGCCACGGCACAGCUGCAAGUAGGACAUGAAGAGAAGAUUGCACUGAAACACUUAAUUCCAACAAGCCACCCUGUAAGAAUCGCAGCAGAGCUCCAGUGUCUGACAGUUGCGGGGGGGCAAGACAAUGUCAUGGGAGUUAAGUACUGCUUCCGGAAGAACGACCAUGUGGUUAUUGCCAUGCCGUAUCUGGAACAUGAGUCAUUUUUGGACAUUUUGAAUUCUCUUUCCUUCCAAGAAGUACGGGAAUAUAUGUUUAAUCUCUUCAUAGCUCUGAAACGGAUUCAUCAGUUUGGUAUUGUUCACCGUGAUGUGAAGCCCAGCAAUUUUUUAUAUAAUAGACGUCUGAAAAAGUAUGCCUUGGUGGACUUUGGUUUGGCCCAAGGGACUCAUGACACAAAAAUAGAACUUCUCAAGUUUGUCCAAUCUGAGGCUCAGCAGGAAGAUUGCUCACAAAGCAAGUACCACGGAGUCACUGGACAAAAGGGCUCACUGAGUCGCCCAGCACCUAAAAAUCUGGAUCAGCAGUGUGCUGCAAAAACUUCUGUCAAAAGAUCCUAUGCCAGCGCACAAAUUCACAUUAAGCAAGGGAAAGACGCAAAGGAGGGAUCUGUAGGCCUUUCUGUCCAGCGCUCUGUUUUUGGAGAAAGAAAUUUCAAUAUACACAGCUCCAUUUCACAUGAGAGCCCUGCAGAGAAACUCAUAAAGCAAUCAAAGACUGUGGACAUAAUCUCAAGAAAGCCAGCAACAAAAAAGACAGCCAUGUCUACAAAAGCUGUGGCUAGUGUGACCAUGUCUACAAAAGCUGUGGCUAGUGCGAUGAGGAAAACCACCAGUCCUUGCCCGGCUGUCCUGACCUGCGACUGUUAUGGAACAGAUAAAGUCUGCAGCAUUUGCCUGUCGAGGCGGCAGCAGGUUGCCCCUCGGGCAGGCACACCAGGAUUCAGAGCACCAGAGGUCCUGACAAAGUGUCCUAACCAAACCACAGCCAUUGACAUGUGGUCUGCAGGUGUCAUACUCCUCUCCCUGCUCAGUGGGCGGUACCCAUUUUACAAGGCCAGCGAUGAUUUAACUGCUCUGGCUCAAAUCAUGACAAUUCGAGGAUCCAGGGAAACUAUCCAGGCUGCUAAAGCUUUUGGCAAAUCAGUUUUGUGUAGCAAAGAAGUCCCAGCACAAGACCUGAGGAAACUGUGUGAGAGACUAAGGGGUCUAGACCCCACCACUCCCAAGUUAGCAGUUGAUCCACCAGGGUGUGCCUCUCUAGAGAACACUGACCAUAAAGCUUCUUCCCUCGGACAGACGCCUCCAGCACAGCACUCAGAGGGUUCCUUGUGUAAAGGGGACAGUGAUGACUGUGGGAGUCGUCCCAGGGAGUGCACUACCAACUUGGAAGGCUGGGACUCGGUACCUGAUGAAGCCUAUGACCUGCUUGACAAACUUCUGGAUCUAAACCCAGCUUCAAGGAUAACAGCAGAGGCAGCCUUAUUGCAUCCAUUCUUUAAAGAUAUGAGCUCCUGAGGUGGUUUUCCAUUUACCAUCACUGCUGUGUGUUGUGAGGUGGGGUAGAUAAUCACAGGUUCUUGUUUGCAUCCAAGUCCAGGGAAGGAUGACUAACUUAUUUUUAAAGUUACAAUAUUUUGCUCUGAUGUCAGAUUGUAAGCAGAUGGGGAAUUAUUCAAGAUCCAGGGGGAGGCCUCUAUGUGAUCUUAGAGUUAAACCACCAAGUAUAGUCAGAUCUUUAGUUCCCUGGUUUUCUCUGCUUCUGGAGCAGCCUUAGCCUGAUGCAUGGGUCAAGGAACGGGUCAUAAAGGUCACAGAUGUGACAGGGAGUAAAUGAGUGAAAAAGACUGUUUCCAGAUGUCUGUGGCCUACGCUGUGUAUGCCUGGGGAACUGGCUCUUGGUGGUGUACAGGAGAGACAGUGAUCUUUCCUAUAGGUGUGCAUAUAAACACAGUUACCGCAGGGACAUAGGGGAAAUGACACCACUCAAUAUAGUUGUUUCCUGUAAGUUACACGGUGCUUACUGCAGAGUUUCUGGUUCUUCAUUAGGUGUAUUUAUUUAUAUUGGGAACCUAAUAAUGUGCAGAUUGUUGACGAGGCAGAAGUCUUUUUCUCGUACAGCUAUUUUGUCACACUAUCUUAGUUUAAUUAGGUAAUUGCCACAAGGAAAGGUGAGGGUACAACUGGGAACAUUACUGGGUUUUGUCUUCCAGGAGUACCCAGACUUCUGCAUUUCUGACCUAAGUUGACCUUGCUCAGAGAGUAAUGGUCAUUGCAGUCUCAGGUGGAUUGGGAGGAAAUACAAUGACGUAGACAAAGCAGCAAAGGGCUUGCACGGCCAUCUAUGCAUUUUUUACAUUCUGAACUGCCCUGUGUCUGUGAUAGAAUGCCAAGGUUCCCAGGGGUCAGGAGGAUAAACUUGCUGAAGAGUUCCCUUCGUAUAAUCACAGGUCAUCAGUAUAUUCACUUUCCUGUUUUGAAUCCUGAUAGAUCAAUGUGUGUACACACUUUGUCUUAUGCUGUAUUUUUUUUAAGCUUGAAUGUUUUUGGAAUAUGUAUUUAAUAAAUGUUUCCUUUCAGAUUCUUA